UUGGUUUAAUAGACGAUAGUUGACUCUUUAUUGCCUGUUGGAUUUAAGAAGUGAUAUUGGUAAACAAGCAAGGCAGGGAGAAACUCAAGAACCAUGGGGGACUCCAAUCAAUCGUCAGCAGACAAAGUGUCACCGGGCUCUGACGAAGUGUCAGCCAAUCACCAAUCUGAAGAGUAUGAUGAACCAACUGUUGAAUCUGAUGUUGAAGAAGAAUCAAGAGCGGAUGCUGAUGAAGGAGAGACUGAAGAAUUAGUCAUCUUGGAUCCAUCUGCAUCGGAGGUGGAUUUGAAUCAUCGUCGAAUUGCAAAGAUUGAGAACUUGGAGGCACUGACCUGUGUUGAGACACUGUGUCUUCGAUGGAACCUCAUCAAAAAAAUUGAGAAUCUUCACACGCUUACGAUGCUAAAAGAACUGGAGCUUUACGACAACCAAAUAACUGUGAUUGAGAACCUCUCUAUGCUAGUUAAUCUUGAGGUCUUGGACAUCUCCUUCAAUAGAAUAAGGAAAAUUGAAAACUUGGAAGGCCUCACAAACCUAAAAAAGCUUUUCUUGUGUGCCAACAAAAUUUCCCGCAUUGAGAACGUCAACCACUUGAAGAGCCUGGAACUUCUCGAACUGGGAGAUAAUAAGAUAAGGGUAAUUGAAAACUUAGAUGGUAUGACAAAUCUGAAGAGUCUGUUCCUUGGAAAAAACAAAAUCACAAGACUUCAGAACUUGGAUUCUCUCAUUCAUCUGGAAAUUCUUGGUGUACAGAGCAACAGACUUACCAAGGUAGAAGGACUGAGUCGCCUGGUGAACCUCGAGCAGAUCUACUGUUCCCACAACGGCAUGGAAAAGCUGGAGAACCUCGACAACAAUGCCAAGCUCCAGACUUUAGAUAUGGCCGUCAAUAGAAUCAAAAAGAUUGAGAACAUCAGUCAUCUCCAUCAGUUAGAGGAGUUUUGGUUCAACAGCAAUCAAAUCAGUGACUGGAAUGACCUGAAGCAGCUGGAGAAUGCUAAAGGUCUCCAGACAGUUUAUCUUGAGGGAAAUCCCCUACAGAGGGACCCCAACUACCGACGGAAGAUCAAACUUGCCCUUCCAUCGCUUACACAGAUUGAUGCAACGCUUUGUCGAUAAGUUUGUGAUUUUAAGAGCAAUGCUCUAUCAAGAUCUUCCUUCAGUCUCUGAAACUGCCAAAUUGUCAAACUUCAUAUUGGUACACAUGUGUUGUGUUAGUUUUGUGGUGCACAUAAUGUCAUGCAGCUAUUUUCUCUGGUGUCAUGUGUGAUGAGACCCAUAAACGUCAAAGCUUUUAUAUCUCAUUCGAGCAACCACUGAAAAAAAAAAAUGGAAACAAAAAACCAUGCAAAGCACAGCAUUCUUGUAAUUUGAUCAAGCCACCCCCCCACACCAAAAAAGAGAAGAAGGUGACUAAAAAUGCUAAAAGCUAUCACCUUUUUUUUUCAAAAAAUGGAGAAAGAGCCUGUGACAUCCAUCCAACCGUAAGGAAGCCGUGUUUCACUUCUCAUGAGAUACAUUGAAGUGUUGGAAUGUUAAGUUUUAUUUAUUAUACUCCUGAUUUUUCCUUCUUCUUUCUUUUCUGUAAAAGGACAGGAUUUUGAUUUAAGAAAAAAGGGAGAUAGCAAAGGAUGGGAAAGCUGUAUCUUGUGAUUUUUGAAAUGGGCUGUUCUAAUAGGCUAAUUUGUUAUGUAGAUUAAAUCGUGCAUGUUCUAUUUGAUUGUGCUACUACUAGUUGAGUCAGACGAAUUUCAGACAUACAAGUUUUUGCUUUUGCAGUGUAAGUGAAUAGUCAGUGUAAGGCUGCUAUGUAUUGUCUAAUUCGGCAUAAGCGCUGUUUAUGGAACAACCUCCUUCAAGAGCAAAACCAACUUUGCUUCAUUUACCUUCUGUUCAUGUCUUCACAGUGUUCAGGGUCCUUACAGGUUGAACUUCAUAACUAGUUCCAUGGACAGUGAAACUUGUGUCUGGAAAGGCAAUUUACUGUGUGCUACAAUAAUGAUUAUUGUUUUUAUUCUUUUGUUCUUUGUACCUAAAAUCCCAGUGUUAAUGCUGUAGAGGAGUGCAAAAGCACUUACUUAAUGGAUCUCAUUAGAAAUUUUGCCAUUUUGUGUCUAGAGGACUAGGGUUAAUGAGGGGACUGUAAGUAGUAGAUAUGAGAAUUUCAAACCACUGCAUUUUUAUGUUUCAACACGUAAGCACACAAACACACCAAUAAGGCUUUGCAGUAUGACUUAAGAUUUCAAUAGGUUGUAAGUGAUUUGAUUACCGUGACUUAUAUCCUGCACUCAUCAACAAACCUUUGAUAAAAAACAAACAAAAAUUUAAGCUAAGGUCAACAUUUGUGAAUUUUAGUUUUUGUAAUGUUAAAACAUUUUUGCAAUCCAUUGUCACAUUGAUGUUUAUAUAUGCUUAAUGUCAGGGGUCUCUGCAGCUAUGUUUAGGAAAUGAUUUAUAGAUUAUUAAUGUGGAAUUUCAAGUUCAAGAAAAUUGAACAUUUGAAGCAUGAAUUGUGUAAAGAUUUGGAAAAAAAAUGUAGGAUAUCUACAUUGUGAGAAAAAGGUAAAACACAUACGCACCAGAAAAGUUUAAAUGGUCGGUGACUUUAUAUUUUUCUUGAAGAGUUGCUUAAAACAUUGAUUGGAAACAGCUUAUAACAGUAAAAUAUUUAAAAUGGUUUUGUUAAAGUGUUUUCAUUGUGCAUCUACUUGGUCAGAAGGUUGCAUGCUGUUCUGAUAUUCUGGAGAGCUUAAAAAUAUCAAACUUUUUAAAAGUUAUGCAUGAAGAGAUUGUUUAUAUAUAUGAAGUUUUUUUUUUCUUUUUUUUUUUUUUGUUACAUUAAAGUAAGUUUCUGGAAACUUUACUGUUAAGAAAAUUAUGUAUAUAUAUAUAUAUAUUUUUCUCUCUUUUGAAGUUGGCCAUACUGGCUUGCAUUAGCAUGUGGAAUAUGUAUGGUUUGUGAACGUUUUCUGAUAAGAGAGAAUUCGUAUUUCACUAUGUUUUAAACAGAAACUUUUUUUUUAGUGUUUUGCUGUACUUUUUUCAUACCCUUUGAUUUUGAAUGUUGUGAAUAACCCAUUUACUGUAUUAAUUUAUUUGAAAGCAAACUUACCAGAAAAUAAAAAAAUACUAAUAACAGCCUGUAAACAAUUAGAAUACUAAGAGAAAUUAAUGAAGGAACUGAGUUUUUUACAGAUAGUUCAUUAAGAAAUGGAUGAGCAACUGUCCUUUUAAGAUGAUCAUUCUUCCUGUACUAAUCAAAUACUAAUUGAAAAAAGGAGUACAAUAAAUUUUGUGAAUUUCAGUGAUUUCAAAAGGGUACACUUGCCUGUUUCUUUAUACCAGUGAACAGUGAAGAGAUUCUUUAUCUGGUUAUACUGAAAGACGCUGAAAAAAUAUGGUUUUCACAAAUAUUGCGAGAUAAAAUACAUACAGAAACCUUU